AUGCCAUAUUUACCGCCCAACAGCGACCAGGUCCAGCCUAUUGCCAUACCCAUAUCAAAGACACAUCAGCUCAUCAUCGACAAUAUACCUGAGUCCGAUUCGUCAGAUCCAAGGACAUCGGAAGAUAUACAUACACCUAAACCUGACAAUCAUCCGGACGCCAUUUCCAUACCUACCAAGGAAUCAUCUGUCGAAUCGAUAACGUCAGGUAUAACCUCUACCUCUUUAUACUCUAAUAUACCGACUCCACCUCUGGAUCACGAGCAAGAUAAAUCGGUAGAUGCAAAUAUCAAUACCAAUUCCCCAGCUGCAUCAUCAAUUGUCAGUUUACCAGAACAGGAACCAGAUCAGGGCAAUAUCAAUGUGAAGACGUCAAGGUCGGAUAGCAGUCUAAGGAGAAGGCAGAACGACAUUAACGAAGUGAUGGAAGAAGAAGAAGAGGAAGGGAAGAAAGGAAAAGGAGAAGAUGUAGUACAAUCUGACACCGAUACGAACACAACUACGAACUCAAAUACCAAUCUAAGUAGUACGGUGGAUCGAGAAGAAGAGAGGAACGCAUUUGCACUGUAUAGGCAAGGGCUGUACGCUUAUACGCACACCCUAUGGAUCCAAGCGAAACUAUCUUCCUCCCGCGCAGAACGCAGACGACAGAGUGUAUCCUCUCAGAGUCAAUUUGGUAGUAAACAAAGUGGGAUGGAAAAGAUGGCAGCUAAGAAAGCCCUCGCUAAACGACUCAACGGAUAG